GAGUCGCUUUCUGCCGCUCUAUCAUCUUAUUUCACAUUGUCAGAGAGACAAUCGUGUAAAAUCUUUGUAAACAUGUAUUACAUUUUUAUGCCGGUCACAAUAAAUCGUUUUGAUUGAUGUUUGGUGAAGCUCUUUUUGUCUGUUUAAAGAUUGCUGUACAAAUGUCAUUGUCGGUCCGAGAGCGAUAAGCAUUCCGUUUUUUUUUACUGUCUCGCGAGCUUAGAGAGAACAGUCAGGAAAACAAACAGGUCGACGAAGAAAUAUCUCUAGCCGGUCUGUUGAAGGGAUUGUUUAACGGGAGCGGGGAUAUUUGGGGAGUUUAAUCGGUGCUUGUGUUUUGGAUUUUUUAAUGUGCAUUCGUGCUUUCGAGUAUAAUUCCUUUUGAACUGUGCAGAGUAUGUUGCUGCUUUCUAACAUUUGGUUAGGGUUUAUGGCGCGUAAAGUCUAUCAGCUGCGGUUUCGUGUUUUUCUUGUCAGUGUUUAUCAAUUGUAAUUCGACGUCCAGAUUGCUUGAUUUUGACCCCAUUCCGGUUCACAUUUGAUGCCAAACAUUUGUCGCUAUGCAUACAAGACGUUUGGUCAAGCGUUCGAUCCUGGGGAGCCGAGUGUAUGCGCCGAGUCCGACGGGGGACGGAGCUCCGUUGACAGGAGUGGUCCAGGCUGUCAAGCAGCAGGAAAACAGAGAUGUUUCAACCGGACCCCGGCGUAAUGUCUACACCGUGUUAAUGCAAGACGGAAGCUUGAAAGAAUUCUCUGAGGACGAGAUAGCCGUGGGCUUCAACCAAACUACGGGGAAAGGACCUCUCAAAUCGAGCUUAAAGAGCUCUUGUAACAGCCGGGGGGACGGCGCUGCCCAGCACGGCCAGACCGUUGAGGCCCAGAAGGGGGAGGCCGACUCUCUGAGCCCAGAGGCGGUAGAGGGGGAGCGGGCAGCAGACGGCAGGAGGACUGGGCGCUCCCUGGAGGGUCCGGAAAGGGAGAGAGACCACACCCGCUCUGUCUCCCUGCUGGAGCAGAAACGCAAGGUGGUGUCCUCCAGCAUUGACGUGCCCCAUGCCAGGAAGUCUGAGGAGGAAGUGGAUAUGGACAAGGUGACGGCCGCCAUGGUUCUGACGAGCCUGUCCACCAGCCCGCUGGUUAGGAGUCCACCCGUCAAAGGCACUGAGGGUCUGAAUGGAUGGUGGAAGGACAGCGGCGGGGGCUGCUUCACCCCCUCCAGUUACAGCAGUAGUGGUUACUGGAGCUGGAGCGGCCCCAGUGACCAGUCCAACCCGUCCACACCCUCCCCGCCCCUCUCAGCGGACAGCUUCAAGCCCUUCCGCACGCCCGGCGCCAACGGCCCCGCCCCCGACGACGCCAUCGACGACCAGGACGGCAGCAGCCUGCUCUUCGACGAGCCCAUCCCGCGCAAGCGCAAGAACUCAAUGAAGGUAAUGUUCAAAUGUCUGUGGAAGAACUGCGGGAAGGUUCUGAGCACGGCUGCCGGGAUCCAGAGGCACAUCCGGACCAUCCACCUGGGGCGAAACUGGGACUCUGACUGCAGUGACGGAGAGGAGGACUUCUACUACUCUGAGAUCAAGCUGAACACCGAUUCCGUGGCCGACGGCUUGAGCAGCCUCUCCCCUGUCUCCCCCUCUGUGCUCUCCCCUGUCGCCCCCCCCCCACGAUCACCACCGACGACCCCCGGCAGAAGCCACGCCCACUCCAACACCACGCCCCUCAGUCGCUCUGCGCCCAGUGCCCUCUACCUCAUCCACUCUGACCACGCCUACCAGGCAACGGCUCCAGUCACCAUCCCCUCCAACGGGUCCGCCUCUGGGUCCGCCUCUGGGUCCGCCUCAGGGUCCGCCUCUGGGUCCGCCUCUGCGUCCGCCUCUGGGUCCGCCUCCUUCACCCCCAGCAGCAACAGCAACUUCAGCAUCUCCUGGCAGUCGCCGCCUGUCACCUUCACCGGCAACGCUGCAUCGCCCACACAGAGUCAGACACAGAGCUGUGGGGAGCAGCGCUCCCAGACCUUAGCCGUCCUCUCCUCCCCUCCCAGAGCCUCUGGCUCACUCAGCCGCAAGUCCCGUGGGGAGGGCAGGAAGUGCCGUAAAGUGUACGGGAUGGAGAACAGGGACAUGUGGUGCACGGCCUGCCGGUGGAAGAAAGCCUGCCAGAGAUUUACCGACUGAUUUUACCAACCUGACGCUUGGCCGAGCGAGCGUCGAGGAGGUCUGCCGUGGAAAAAGGUGGGGGUGUUGUUUCCGUCAUGCGCGUGUGCGUUAACGCCACCCCAGAACCAACAUUCGCACCGCUCUACGGUCCUGGGUCCGCCCCGUGCUGACACAGGCUGUGUCCUGAGUGUGUCCUGGACCCCCAACCGUCCUGGGAAGCAAGAGCCGCUGCCUUUCCCUGUGUUGAUUUGGUUGUCUCUACUCUUUCCCGUUUUCCGGUUCUUUUCUGUUUGGUAAAGCGUCUCUGUGAUUUUAACGGGUCCGGGGGUGAGGGGAUCAGAGACCUUUCUCUUUUUUAUGAGGAGAAUGGGCCGCCUGGGGAGAACACUGUGGUGAAAUGAGAGGAGGAGAAAUGUCCUUGUUUAUUCCAUGUGGACUCCUCUCUCCCCCUUUUCUUCCCUCUGUUCCCUCUCACUGCCUGGUUCUUCUACUGGACAGUAUUGGGUCUUCUGGUUCCCUACAAUCACACACCCUGUCCUCCCAUUCCUCAACCAAGGGAAUGUCUUGGGUCUGGACCCAGCUGGGGUAGACUGAGAGGUUAAUAGCACCCCCUAGUGGUGGGAAUUAUAUUGAUGCAAAACAAAUACAAUAUACAUUAAUUCCGUAAGGAAGACAAACCUUGCCAGCAGCUACGAACCCCACACCGCAACGCUGCAUCACAACAAGCAAUUCAAAUCACUUAAACACAGGACAACAGGAUCCUAUCAACAUUUUAUAGUUAUCUAUAUAUCCAGUCGACGGAAGCUAAAAAAGGGUUAUUUUCUUUCAGGGAGUGUUAAUCAACAGAAAGCAAAACCAGCAGCUAACAUUUUAAUACUGUGGGGUUUUGGUCACAUGAUAUCUACCUUCAACCAAAAAGUUUGUUCUGUUUAAAUUGUGUUAAUUGUGCCAUUUUCCCUAUUGCUGAUCUUUGUCUGUAUUUGUUCUUGGUGUAUUGAAACCACAACAGACUAAGAACUUAAAAUGUGCUGGGUAAAGUGACACUGCUCGUACGCACUUUCAGGCCAAACCAACUGCCAACGUCUAGUCCAGACACAAACCGGCAUCCAAACAACUGUCCUGCUUCUGUUCCCCAUCUUCCACCAGGGGUACAGAUGUGAACGUUUUGUUUAUGGCCACUAUACCUUAGGUCACCUACAAGAUGGAGGGUCCCCUCAAUGCCAAAAGUGAGUCAACAACUUGUUCUGAAUGUGCACUUGUCAAGGCAGUGUCUUUGGUUGGUCUUGUUUUGGGGGCGGGGCAACAUCUCUGUCUCAACCCAGCCCUCUAAAAACACGGCACUGUUGGCAGGCCGGACCUGAAAGGUUGACUUUGAGUUAAACCUAGAAUUGGGAAAGGACAUUGGGAAAGUGUUUUGGAAGUUUCUUUUCAGUGUCAUUCCCUGCGCUCCCUUCCAGACUUAUUCCACCUGGGCAGGUGCAGCCCUUUUCUCAUUGGACUCAAUAAAUAGAAAGAGACUUUUCAAUAGGCUUUGGUUUUUACCCGGUGGCUGAGUUCAAACCACUUAUGCAUCUAGCUGAUUGGUUUGUGGACUAGUCUAUCCCCGCCCACUCCACUUCCCUGUGCUGAGAUAGGCCACCUGGUUGACUGGGAUGCGGCAGACUUGUCAUGAUUUUUUAGUUACUUUGAAAGUGAUAUUAAUGUUUGUGGUUAAUCAUGAAAUCAGUCCGGGAGGCUGUCUCUGUCAGACCGGGAGGCUGUCUCUGUCAGACCGGGAGGCUGUCUCUGUCAGACCGGGAGGCUGUCUCUGUCAGACCGGGAGGCUGUCUCUGUCAGUCCGGGAGGCUGUCUCUGUCAGACCGGGAGGCUGUCUCUGUCAGACCGGGAGGCUGUCUCUGUCAGACCGGGAGGCUGUCUCUGUCAGACCGGGAGGCUGUCUCUGUCAGACCGGGAGGCUGUCUCUGUCAGACCGGGAGGCUGUCUCUGUCAGACCGGGAGGCUGUCUCUGUCAGACCGGGAGGCUGUCUCUGUCUGACCGGGAGGCUGUCUCUGUCUGACCGGGAGGCUGUCUCUGUCAGACCGGGAGGCUGUCUCUGUCAGACCGGGAGGCUGUCUCUGUCAGACCGGGAGGCUGUCUCUGUCAGACCGGGAGGCUGUCUCUGUCAGACCGGGAGGCUGUCUCUGUCAGACCGGGAGGCUGUCUCUGUCAGACCGGGAGGCUGUCUCUGUCAGAUCGGGAGGAUGUCUCAAUUCAAAGGUGUUGUACCACAUCACAAUUCUCCACCCUUCAGCCAAAGUGCACAUUAUCAGUCAUGGAUUUUACAGUGGUGAACUCUUCAGCCAAUGUUUACAGCAUGCUUCUAAAUUCGUAAUGGGGAGAAUGCAGGUGCUCAUGUUGGCACUCAAGUGCGGAGAAUUUGGACUCGGUCUAAUACUCUUAUAAGAAGGUCACACUGGUCAAAGAUGAAAGUUCCACAGUUACUAUUAAAGCUACUUUCUGUUCAUCACUCAUCUCUGCAUACCUUCAUUAUGUUGCACCCUGAACACAAUGCUUUACUUUUUUUGUGUUUUAUCGGUAUGUUUAUGUAGGUACAGCUCUGACUUGACCAUUUAUUAAGCUAAGUUUUCUCCAUUUUAAACCUCAGCCAACACACAAUGAACAGGAGAUUCCAUGUGUCAUUCACCUGUAGGUUGGAAACAUGGGUGGCUCAUUUAAUGUCCUGCUUAUAUCAUGUUGUUUCUUUAUAAAAUACAAUAUUCAUGUAGGUUAUCUAAAACCAUGCAGUUGUAUAUGUGAACGUACUGUUGUUUAAAAUGAAAACGUUUUAUAUACGUAAAGCAAGUAUAUGUUUAAAUCUAAAGCAAAAGAGAUGGAUCUGGCUGUUGUUAUUUUUUAUUUUUUACUAUUUUGCAUUUCUGAAUUGCUAUAAUGGGUUUAUUUUCAUUUUCUGCUGACAGAAUGCUGUGGUUAUUGUUACUUUGGAACUGUUGAGGAGUAUUCUCUCAUUCUGAAAUCAAGGCGAAACAUUUCGUUACAUAGCGUCAGUAUGUGAACCCCACAACCUAAUGCCCAAAUGCUUACACACACUCACAGUAACCUUUAUAACAUUUAUCUGCCUGUGACGUUUAGUGGUUGGAGAGAUUUAAAGACCUGUGUAUUUUCUCCAGUUCUUUUCUCACCAACCUCAUUAAGUAGUCAGAUUGGCAUUUAGCUUGACUGACACCCCUGUGUUGUGUGUGUUAGCCCCUUUAAGCUAACAUUUGGGCCCCUACUGUUGCUGGUGCUGUUUCCACAAUGCAGGCCCUUCCCUCUUACCGGGGUCAUCUCAGGUCAAAGGCCUGUUGGUGAGUCCACUUGAUUGGGCAUUCCUCACCUCCUUGCUUUAAAAUAUACUUUGAAAUGACCGAACAGACAACAUUUCAGCUACAGGAGUCCACCCCUGAGAAUCUGUUGUUGCAACGCGGUCGGGUGAUUUAUUGUCAAUCUUGUUUUUGUUAUCUGAUGCCCUACUGCUAUCACUCUGGUGCUUCUCUUACUGUUUUUAAGAAGUGGUAUCCCAACAGAAAUAGAAUUCUAAAAGCAAAAUUGUGUUUUCCAUUUCCAUGUCCCCGUCGUGGUGGAGAUUGUGACAGCUUCUGGAGGGCUGCGCCUGGGUCAUUUACUGGUGCUGUGCACUGAGGUGGAAGAAAAACACACAUGGGGAGGUGCUACUAUUGUCCAAUGCUAUUUCACUAUAAUGUCCUUUCUAUCUUCUAUAUAUCUAUGGCCUCUGUUACACUGUGGUAGAAGAUGAAAAUAAAAACACCUGCCUAAAGACAAGUCCAACUCUCCACAGAGAACUAGGUGUGUUAACUCUGACGCUGUCCUUUUUUUUGGUCAUUGGCGGUAAUUUCAGUGGAUAUCAUCUGACCGGUUUCCAAUUCCACCAAGUAGAGCUGUAUAUUAAGUAUGAAAUGCAAGAUAAAUAGUUGAUUGUGUGUUAUGGGUAAUGACAUCUUCAGAUGUAGCAACAUUAAUUGUCAAGACUGGAGGAAAUCAAUUUCUUGUAUAUAAUGAACAUCCACCAUGUACGCCUACAUGACCUUGUCUUUAAGAAAUUUAAAUAACAUUCAAUUAGCUGUGGGUGACUGUUUUAACAUAGGCUACCAAAGUAACUAGGGUAUUGUGUGAUAUGUAGUAAAUUAGGGUUCAUCUGAUUUCCCAAAGGUGACAGGUUCAAUAAUGUCACGUGUUAUUUACAGCAGUCAGCGCUGGCUGGGUGGAACCUGAGGGAAUAAUAGUUUGUUUGAAUUACAGGUUUGCUUUAUUUACAGGGACCUGUAAAAUGGCUUCCCACAAUGAACAAGUGUUAGAGAAGCCUGGAUGAAACACCUGCAUCAAAGCAGCUCUUUUGGAGUUCCCUGUAGGAGCUGGUAUAAGUGGCUGGUAUGAAUACAUACGACAGGCAUUUUGAUGGGGAUGUGGAGCACGGCAUCAUAGGUCUAGCUAGUCUUUUGUUGUCUUGCACGUAUACGCUGCUGCUGCCUGUGAAAUGCUUGGUUUUCCUGUUGAUUUAGAAGACGGAUAAAACAAGGCAGCGUUAUUUAAAGGGGGAUUUCACCCGUUUUUACAUUUGGGCUUAUUUUCACUCUUUCUGUGCUUUGUGUUAAUAACCAAAACAUUUUAUAUAUUCUUUGUUCUAUAGAAUGGAUAUCACAUUUACUGACAUCUUUUACAACUAAAAUGUACAAUGAGCUUGUGUCAAUGUUGUCGAACAAUCCAGAGCACUUGAAUUCACUCCAAAACCAGGUUGUGUAUGACAAAGGGAUACAAAUUUGAGUUGGUUUGGAGUACGUAAAUAAUUUUGUUACCAGCUUAAAAAAUUUGAUGUUUUAUAAUGCGUUGUAGUCAACCGUAAGUGACGACAAGGCAAAAUGUGGCAACCAAUUGUAAGUAAAAAAAAAAAAGAAUGUUUUGGGAAGAAACAUCUAUACAAGCGCUGAAAGAGUAUUAACAAAUGUAAAACUAGGUAAACUCCACCCUUAUCUUAUGGAGCUGUGACCUCAAGCUAGCAUGAGUUGAGGACAAUUUGCACUACAUACACACACAAAUACAUACACUGACUUUCUACCAGCCGUUUCCUGCCAGUGCAGGUGUAAGUGUAAUGGAUUCUGAGGCCAUGUUGCUGUGAUAAACCAGGGCUGAAGUGUUGUCAUAAAAGUAUAAAAGAGAAGCUAAGUUUAUCUGAGCAGUCUUUCCAAUGCCCCUGUCUUCUGUUAUGUUCCAGAGCUGCCCAGAGCUGACCUUUACUUCCCUUCGCUGGAUUACCCAGCUAGCUACAGUAACGCAAAUGUCCGGCAGGUGCAGUCCAAAGGCUUUCAAACCUGGUCACGCUUUUGUAUCUGCCCCUCCUCAUCCCCUGUGCUCCUGCAACAGUGGAAUCCUCACUCCAUGAUUGACUAGCAGCAGGUGGGAUGGGUGAAGCUGGGCUGAGCAGAGACAUGUGAACGGGCACAUUACUUUCUGACUACUGUGUGUGUGGAUUCAAGCAGUGAGGAGAGGAUUUACUGGUCACACACACACACAGCAGGACUUUAUGGUAAAGGAUUUCAUAGAAAAAUGAUCUGAUGUACAGUACCAUUCAAAAGUUAGAACUUGUGACUGGUACUGUAUUUCUCAUUAAGGACAUGUUUGUUUUCAAAAGAGAAUUUAAAUCACAUGUUGCUUGUUGUAUGGACAGUCAUGGGAAUAUGGCUGCUGAAUUAACUCUUUAAAGAAGCUCACGAGAAGCAGACAUUGAAGCAGCCAGCAGGGCUUCCAGCAACUUCCCAGUGUUUCCAUGCUGCUGGCACUUUUCGGGCAGGUUAUGUCUGGUCCCUCCCACUCUGUGCGUUGGGUUGGACAGUACUGUUGUGUUCUCGGAUUUAAGGAGUAAGGGGCGGUGUCUAUGACUGCGUUCAGGAAUGUUAUUUCAUUGUGAAACGUGAAGUAAAGGAUGUUGUUUUUCUUGGCAACCUUGAGUUUGUGCCUUGGGAUGGUGAGUCUGGGUGUGUAGAAACACAGCUAAUGGAAUGUAGGCUUCUUAAUCCCAUCUUAGAUAAAAUGAACACGUUUAACUCCCUGUUUGGCCCCCAUGGAUAUACAAGGCUGGUAAUUUAUGCCCUAGAUGGAGAUUUGGUUGGACAUUUUGAUGACCCAGGAAGGCGUGACUUUUCUUAUAUUCACAGAUGUUCUUUAUAAACAGUUUUUUGAUACAUGUACUUUUUUGCCUAUACUGUUCUUUUUUCUGCUUUUCCAAACAUGUAUUUCUCUGUGUUUGAGGGCUUGUACAUAAAAUGCAUUCAUGUGAGAUUUAAGAAUAACAGUCAUAAUGAUAACGGUUGACUACAACAUGUUUGGGAAAUCAGGGAAGUGUUUUUUUUUUUUUUUAUAUAUUGAAGCGGUGAGGUAACCCAUUUCAUUCAGAGACUGGGCGCAACUAGAAGUCUGCAGGCACAGUACCUGUGUUCUCUCAUUGGUGGACCUCUUUCGAAUGAUGGCACUACAUCAUCCUGUGACCUCCAAUCAAAUUAAAGUUGCUUGCGGCCACCAUCCAUUUGCUGGCCCCUUGUUCAGAACAAGCAGGAGGCAGCUUUUUGAACAGACGACUUAUGUUGCCUGAAAUUGAUACCUCAGCCCCUUCAGCUUGCACUUCCUCACAAGGAGCAUUUACAAGUGAAAGGAGCUGGGUCAACUGUUUUAUUAAGUGCCCAAAUUCUAGUUGUCUUCCCGUAAAAGGCCAAACGCAGCCUCUGGAAAUGGAUCAUCUCACUGUCCCGUCAUUCAUCUACAAUGACCAUAUUAACCUCAACAAAAAUCGAUGACUGUCGCACUGGAUUUUUACACUUUUCCAAUAGGCCUCUGUACUCUUAUCUAGGAUCGUCUAUAACUGUAUUUUGUAAUACUGCACGUGCAUGCAACGCUUUAGAGGAAUAACUUUACAAAUGUGUGUGUCAUUGUGUCGUGGUUGCCCACGUAGGAAGCAGAGGGCCUUCAGGAGGGCGGAGAGACCUCCAAACACUAGCGGCAGGGUUAGCGAUCUGUGGCCUCUGGCCUGGUUGUCCUCCUGCCCUGCCGUUCCCUGGUCCGUUCCAGUUGUAGCUCUUUCCCUACGGGAAUUUACGCUGAACCCUCAGUCACGUUUCAGAGGUGGUCCUGCCAUUCUGUGGGCAUCCCUCCAUCCAAUAUGUUUCCCUCAGGAUGUGUCCUCUUCUCUCCACCCCCCUCCUCCUCUGUCUCCUCCCCUGUCUCCUCCUCUGUCUCCGCCCCUGUCUCCACCUCUGUCUCCACCUCUGUCUCCUCCCCUGUCAUAAUGUGUGCACUGGGUUGGUUAGUCCUCGGUUAGAGCAUCUUGGCCAAGGCAACCAGGACCGGGCUUGAAGCCAGCCAGGGUGUUCUUCUGGUGCCGUCUAUCUCUCGCUGUCUCUCUGGCACCGUAAUAACUACGGCAGUGUGUGUACAUAGCCGAUCGUCUUUUAUAGUUCACGGCCAAGUGACUCCAAUAAUACAAAUAUGGAUACAGUAGAAAAUGCAGAGUUGAUGCCAAUGGAAUUGGUUAAUCUACGCUGGAAUGUGUGAAAUUGGCCAUUACUCUGCUCCAAGGCUUCUCUAGGAGGACAAAACCACCUGAGCCAACACAGACAAAGGCAUUUUCCUGCUCUCCACUCACAAUAGGCCCAAUGUGUGUUUUGUAAAACUUUUUAAAAUGUUGUAUGUAAAAAUGUUGUAUGGAGAAUAGGAAUAUGUGUCCGGUUAGAAGCAAUGCAUCUUGGGACAUAGUGAAAGGUUCUACAUUGCAGUUACUCGGUUGCAACUUUUAAAAAAUGUAUUCUUUGUCUUCAGUUGCCAACCUGAACACAUAUGGCCAUAUAAGAAAACAUAAGCUGUGUGGACCAGACCUGGGUCAGGUAUAUUAUUUCGACGUGCCUGAGCAUCAGGCUAUGGCUGGAAAUAUGGAGGGAAACCUAUUUGACCCAGGUCUGUGUGUGAACUCAGGAUGUGUCCUUAAUAAUUCUGAACAGGGGUUGCUGGUGCGCUCUGAAUCUGACGCUCUGGAAACAGACCCUAGCCGCUGCUCGGCCUCAGAAUCUCCACCACCAGAGCGGGUGAAUGAUAUCCAACCGCGUACAGUGUGGUAGAAUUGUAAUGUAGGCUACGAAAGGUCCGUUUUAAGGUGGUCUGUCAGGCACAUGAAUAGGGAGGUGAUGACCUCAUUUUAGUUCUGUCAGGAUAUGGAAAUAUGUCACUCUGUGGGGUCAACGUCUCACAAUGUCAGCCAUACAGGGCUCUGACGUCGUUCCGACCUCCAACCGACCUCUCAUUGACUACGUCGUUAUGGCACCACACGCUGCAUAUCAUCCAUGCCAUAUCAGAUAGCUUACACUGUGUGUUUUACGGAGAGGCAACGCUGCGAAUUCCAGUCAUGCCGUCAGCUAGCCAGAGAAUAGGCUCCACAGAACAGACUCUGGGUGCUCUGCCUUUCCCGGGCGGAGGCGAUUCUAGGCGCACUGUACCCAGUUUUCAUUUCCCACAUCCCCACCUACUCCUGAGCCAGGCCAAAGCCAACGAGCCCAUCACGAUGAAGACGAGCAGUCGGAACCCCGAUCCCUCGUUUAUCCACGGAACACAGCAGAGGCCGCGAGGCGGACGGGGGUCACACGUCUUUCAAACCUGCGGAUUGGGCCGGCUGUGGCGGAUGCAUUCAACAUCCAGCUUAUCGAGUCAUGGACUUUAGGAUGCGUGCACCUCGGCGCAGCGUGGCAGCGUCGCAGCGUCGCAGCAGCUUGUGUGUUUCUCCGCAGCUACGGGUCCUUCCUAGUAUCUGGCUCCUUUACGUCCUGGGGACACGUCCGCUGGCGCCUAAGGAGAGAAGCUGCUGGUUGCGCAUGUCUGAGGCUCUCCAACAGGGAGACCGCAGAGCGACAACAGGUUGGGGGGAGCGGCGUGGAGGUGCACGGGGGAGGUGCAAGAGUAGUGUACUGGUUAGGUUUCACUGUCGGGGAGAGAACAACGCUAAGAGAGGUCUGGCAGUGUAGUGUGUGUUUGUGUGCUUUUACACAUGCUGCGCAAUGUAUACACCCCCCCCCCCCCCCCCAAUGCACACACACACAACACAUACAACACAUACACAGACCCCUUCUUUUUCAAAAGAUUGAGUUAGGCACAGUACAGGUCUGCAUAAAUGGGCCAUCUGGUUGUGUAAUGGUAGAUAAGAAGCAUUGUGGUCCAUAAAAUCAAUAGCUUCCCCACAACAGGACCACAGUUCUGACUGUUUAAUGGUGGGAGACAGACAGAGAGACAGACAGGCAGACGGGGGAGGCAGGAUGACAGGCAGGGGGUGACAUCGGAUCUUAUUUUUUCACUCACUGUUUAUUUUUGAUCAGAAACAGCAAUAGUGUUUGUGUGUCCCCUGAUCGUUCAUGAUCUCCAUCAAAACCAUUUUCUCAAAUACAGAUCUCCGUCAAUCUCAUCAUGCCUUAUCAUGCUGACUCCAUUAGUGUCUUGUUCACAAACAUGAACGUUUGAGUGUUGUUAGAAUUUUCAGGCUCUGAACAUUUAGUAAACCGUCAAACACGGUUGAAUGUUGAAUGAACAUUAUGACUGCACACUGGGUUUGAGAGACCAUAAGCUACAGAGAUUGAUUUUAUUAUGCAACACACUGGGUGACACACACAUCACAUGGCUGUAGGUAAGAUAAUAGCAUAUACAGAGUGGGGCAAUUGACAGCGCACAAGUCGCUGUUUUUAUUAUUAUAACUGGGAUUUUAUAUAUUAUUGCAAUACAAUACACAGAAAGCACUUACCGUACAUGUGUUUAGGUGAUGUACAGUAUGUCUAAGAAAUGGUAUCCUACUGCACCAAUGAUGUUUGUAUAUCACUAUUGUCCAAUAGCUUAACAUAAGUAUAACGUUGAUAACCUUCCCUCUUUGGGAAGAUCUACUCAUGCUGACUGUUAACUCUUCUUGUACUGCAGUAUGUUUAUACUCUGUGUGUAAAUAUAAUCUGCCAUUGUUAUUAUUGUGAUUGUCACCAUAUUGUCGUCCAUUGAGCUUUUGCUCUCGCCAUUCCUUGGUGUUCCUAUCUAGGGUUAUGUUCAAUAGGUAUCAACUGGAUAUAGAAGGAAUGACCGGGCUUAUUGAAUGACUAAUGGUCAUUUUUUUUUUACGUUGCAACAUUCUUUGAAACACUUUCCGUUGUGUGCCCUAAUGAACAUGGCCCAUGCUUCUACGUGAUAUAAGCUACAGAUGAUUAUUCAACUGAGAAAUAAAGAUACUUUUUGGCAGCUGUUUUACUACUA